AUGUCGCCGAGAACAAGUAGUGAGCCGCGCAGCGGUGCUGCUACACCUGACACGAUAAACGACGUGGAUAGUCAAGAUCACUGGGACGAGAAACAUCGUCUGUGGGUCGACUCCGAUACGAGCGCAGAGGAGAAACGCAAGCGCAAGAGAAAGAAAGCGGAGAUUUCAUUACGAGACACGUAG